CCUCUGUCCCCCAUGCGCAGCUUGUACCGUUAUUCGAACUCUUGACCUUUGCCCACGCCUUCUUGUCACUCUUUCACUCUUUUCUUCUUGUUCUCCAGAUGCGGCUGGUCGUCUUUUAAAUCCCACUGACAUACCCAAUGGCGCCCAGGAAGGACGGGGACGUGGUGUUCUCUUUCAAUGGCAAAUGGGUGUCAUGGACUCAUACAGUGGUCGCGUACGCAGCAUUCAUCGGAGCAUUGAUUGUCGGCGUUUCCCUCCACUUCCACAAAAUCGUGCAGAACGAGCACUAUGGAUACCCUGAUGAAUGGUUUCCUUCCGUCUCGGCCACCAUUGGCGAUCGAUACCCUGAGCGAUCAGUCUUUAUGGUCUUCAUUGCCAUUACCUCCGGACCUCGAUUUGUCCUCGUCGCCUUAUGGUACUUUCUCACGAGGAGACCCAACUCGAACCUGCCGGUGAUAAUCGCGACCACCGGUUUACUGAGAACGUUGACAUGCGGAGGAUGGACAUACGUGACAUCUACGGACGACCAUGACUGGCAUGAUAUUUUCAUGAUUUCCUACCUAGUUUUCACACUACCUUGGACGCUGGGCUGCCUUGCUUUGAGUCCGCCAAAUCCGAAAGCUGUCAAAUAUCGUAAAAUUUUGGCGAGCUUGUUCUUUGGCACUCUUGUUCCCUUAAUCUAUUUCUUCAUCCAGCACAAAAUCCACAAAGUCGCGGGCGCGUACACCAUCUACGCCUUCUUUGAAUGGUCUCUGAUCUUGUUCGACGUGGCUUUUGAUGCGGUCACUGCGUUUGACUAUGAAACCUUCGAAUUCGUGAUCAAAGAUGUUAAAGGCUCCACCAGAGGGUACGUGCAGUUGCUCCCAAAAUACUCAAAUUGACGCGAAACCGUUGAAGGAUGCCUUAAAAGAGAAGGAACGCGAGAGCCCUCUGAUCCAGACUUCCACCUUCGAUGGCCCAUACUAUUGGCCCGCAAUGCUGAACGCGACUGCCGACAUUCUCCAUGGAUUUUUCUUCUGGUCUAUUCUCACUUCGCUCGGUGUCCUGAUUUGGUACUUCCCACUCUGGCAUAUGGGGAUCUCUGGGUACGAGGUCAUGGUCAUGUCUCCUGCUUCUCCUCUGAUACUCGCCAUCCCAUUUGUCCGGUCUCUUGCGAUCAAGCAUCUUCGUUGGCUUCAUAUGUCUUCCCUCGUGGGGCUUGUGGCUUGGUUGGUAAAGGACCCAGCGUAUCGUUUGUUCACCGUAUCAUUCGCUGUCAUGUUGGGUUGCAUAGCCUGGUCAGCAGAGUGGUACGCUGAGCGCAGAAACUCGGCGCGGCUUCAGAGGAGAAUCCUAGCGUGGGGCAUUGGAUUCGUGCUUUCGAGCAUCGCCAAGUUCGCGAAUCACACCAACAAUCCCGUCUGGCCAAUACUGCAUUCCGGAAUUGGUGGCUGGAACAAGACUGGUCUGGUAAUAGCCCUGGCUGCCGUGUGGCGCUCUACCCGGCCAGACGCCUUCAGUGGAGGAGACUACGUUCCGCCAAAUGCGAAGAAAGGGUCAAGUUUGUUGGCUGGACUCGGUCUGGGAGGGCUCUUCUUCUCCAUGCACUCUCUGCUCUCAGAUUCCAGCACCAUGAUUCUGUGGGUCUGGGAGGGCUAUCCAGUACGAGGUCCGUUGGCAGUACCCCACGGUGCGGUCACGAUUGUCGUGAUGAGCCUUGGGUUGUUUCUGGGAUCUGCCCUCCCUGGCUUUUUCGGGUCGUGGACGGCCUACGGGUUGGGAGCUGUUGGCGCAGCCUUGCUCACCUGUUAUGGUCACUGGACCGGCUAUUAUGGCGCUUUGAUUCUUGCCUCCUACACGAUGGGAGUUGCUCCAGUGCUUAUCUCAUCCGCUGCCCAGCACAGCCCGGCGUCUACCUUUGGCUUUGGCUAUUUCAUGUACAACAUCAUGGUUCUCUUCCAUGUCUGGGUUGUGGCCUAUGCAUUUGUCCCAGGAGGGCCACUAGUCCGAGAACACACAGAUUGGGUCAUGAUCACCAUGAUGCUCCUGAUCGGUGCCGGUGUCUUUUCAGCCUUGACCACCAACUUGGUCUACCAGCCGAAAAGCAAGCCGAGUCCUCGUGGACGGAAGCAAUCCAGCUACUAUCUUCAUGUUCUGCUUGUUCUGCAGCUGUUGACGGCCUCGAUCGCGUACCUACGCUUCCCAACCUACGAUUAUGCACCAUACCAUCCAGAGGAGAAACUUAUAACCGCGGGCAUCUGGACUAUCCACUUUUCGUUGGACAAUGACGACUGGUCGUCUGAGCGGAGGAUGCGAGAUGCCAUCAAGGAAUUAGAGUUGGACGUGGUCGGACUGCUGGAGUCUGAUUUGCAACGAAUCAUCAUGGGCAACCGCGACACCACACAGUAUCUUGCCGAGGAUUUGGGCAUGUACGUUGAUUAUGGUCCUGGGCCGAACAAGCAUACCUGGGGGUCGGCACUGCUAUCCAAAUUUCCCAUUCUCAACUCGACUCACCACCUUCUGCCUUCGCCGGUCGGCGAACUUGCGCCGGCGAUUGAAGCUACGCUGGAUGUUUACGGAACUCAAGUUGAUGCAUUUGUCUUCCACUCGGGACAAGAGGAAGAUCCCGAAGACCGACGACUUCAGACGGAGUACUUGUCGAAGUUGAUGGGUGCGACGCCUCGCCCCGCGAUCUUGCUCAGUUACCUGGUGGUCAAGCCGGGAGAAGGCAACUACAACACCUACGUCAGUGAACUGAGUGGAAUGCACGAUAUUGAUGUUCGUGAUUGGGAUCGGUGGUGCGAGUACAUCUUGUACAAGGACAUCAAGCGCGUGGGGUAUGCCCGAGUCAGCAGGGGUACCAUUACAGACACUGAGAUCCAGGUGGGCAAAUUUGUUGUCGGAGAGCCGGCUUCAUACACGGACGAGAGAAUCUCUGAGGAGCAAGUCCCGCCCGGGCGGAGAUUCCCAGCGUUGUUCCGGGGCGAGGGCGUCCGUGGACACAGAUACCAUGUCUUCGAUGAGCCAUGGUAUUAUGCAUAAAGGGGGGGAAUUCAUGUGUUGGGAUAAUGCAGCUGGCAGUUAAUUGUUCUGUAGCAUGACAGGCCCGGAGCCUAAUAUGAUGCGGCCACAGACGCGCCUCGGUGGCCCGAUGCAGCCAAUCAAGACCUGAGCUGGGUGCAGCGUGUGGCAUGUCUUAUCGUUAUCGCGAAAAUA